AAAUGAUUAUAAAUUUAAGUAUUUUUGAAACAAAUUAUGAAAUUUCCGUUUCUUCGAAAUUCACCCUCCCCAAUGAUCAGCUUGGUUUGGCUUUCGGUGCUCUGUGUCGGUUGGCAUCUAGCAACCGUAGAUGCGUUCGAUGUGUUGCUAGGAUAUAACAAAAGUGAAUAUUGGAAAAUUCCGCAACUACAACUGUACGACAGUAUUGAGCAGUGUCUGCACAACAAGCCCGAGGGUGUGUUCUGUGUCGCGAAGGUGGUGAUCAAACCGGAAAGUCGGUCGGAAAUAUGGCGGCUUAUUAAAAAAUACUCCAAGUAUACGUUCCAGUACAAUCACGAUGUGCUUACGCGUGGCGUGUGUCUUGACCGGUGUAAGAGCGUGGUGGAGCAAUUGGGUCCCGAGGCAGAGAGGUUCUAUGUGCCAAAGUUUAACGUUUCAAAACGGUAUGCCAUUUCGGAUUGGUUACUGCCAAAUGUUACCCAAUACCGCCGUGCCUACGGCUACCUUAUCAAUGUGUGCCAAAACUAUGACCUUCGCACACGCUACAACCUGUCCGGGUAUGCGGAAAUCGAAGAAUGUACUACCAAUGAGAAUUUGGACCGACCAAUGGACACUCUAGAUAUUUGCUACAUAGUACUGCUUGCUUUGCUGCUCCUGCUUGCGAUCAGCUCCCAGUGCUACGACAGUUGGCUUGCGCGUAGAUCCAGCGACGACGAAAACUACUACCGAAAAUCGCACAAAAGUCGUGUGGCAACCCUGGCGACUGCCUUUUCGCUGCGCCGUAACUGGGCCCGGCUAACGUACAAAGCGUCCCGCUGCCAGUACCAGCAGGAUUUGGACUUUCUCGAUCUGGUGCGCGUGCUGACGAUGAGCUUCAUACUGCUGCUGCACGUGUUUAUCGGGAUGGCCAUGUUUACCGCCCAAAAUCCCCUAGCGAUGGAGCAGUUUUCGGCCCAUCCGUUGUCGCAGAUGCUCUUCUCUAUAGCCCCGUUCCAGGUGGACAUGUUCUUCUGUGUUAGUGGCCUGCUGCUAACAGUGCAGUUUCUAGAACACACCGAAAACAAGCGCUUUCGAAUUAGCAUCCUAUGGCAAGGGCUGAUCAAUCGUUAUCUGAGAUCUCUUCCCGUGUAUGCCGUACUGAUGCUCUUUACCGUAUCUCGCUACGAUACCUACCAGACGACACCGUCGGCGUACAAAAUUAUGCCCAAAGUACGACUGAUCUGUCGCCGCAAGUGGUGGAUCAACUUCCUGUACAUCAACAACUACUAUCAGCCGGAAGAACAGUGUCUCAUACACACCUGGUAUCUGGCCGCGGACUUUCAGCUGUUUGUGAUCGGUUUGGCGGUGUUGACGUUACUGUGGCGCUUUCCCAAAGCCACCUUCUGGACGGCGGUAACGCUGGGUGUGGUAGGAGUCGUACUGCCCAUGAUCAACACGUACUUGCACGCCAUGGAUGCAAUGAUGCCACUAACAAUGAAAGGCAACGAGUAUCAGCUCUGGUACGAUGAAUACUUUGUGAAGACUUAUCAGGCAACGGAGACGCACUGCUGUAGCUACUUUUGCGGCAUGAUCGCAGGGUUGCUGUAUAACAAGAUCACACGCAAGGAGCUUACACUUCCACUCGGUACGCUAAAGAAUGUAUUCACAUUGGCGUACAUUUCCAUCAUUGGAUUCGCCCUACAAGCGCCACUGUACAACAUGAUCCAGUUCAGCAAACCUUCGCUCUGGAUGGCAAUCCUGUCGGGCGUGCAUAAGCUCUCGAUCGGUUCGUUCUACUCGAUGGCCUUCCUGUUGCUUACCUUUCACGAUCGUACGUCAGCCGUGCGACGGUGGUUCAGUGGAAAUGCGCUGAGCCGUGCGAUGGCACGGCUCGGGUUCGGGUUUUACCUUGUGCAGAUGUCCGUCCUGAAGGUUGUGUUUGGGAAUUAUCCAGAGGAUACGCGCAUCAAUGUGCAACUUAUUGUUUCAACGUUUUGCUCAACAUUCAUCCUGUCGUACAGUAUCGCACUGGUUGCUUUCAUUUUAAUAGAAAAGCCGUUCGAUGUUCUAUUCAAACUGCUGCUAAGCUCUGGCAAACCACGGCGGUCCGAGCUUGAAUCAGCGUCGGUUAGCAAGCAGUCAGCAAUUAGUAGCAUUUCGGUGAUAUCUUCGGCGAAAGAGAACGGAAACGCUAAAGGGAAUGGCUUACAGGAGGAAGUGAAGUAGAAGCUAUGUUCUCUUGAGAAGAUGUUUUAUUUAGCAUUUAAAGUUAGUUUACUCUUAAAAGAUAUCAUUAAUUCGAGUGCCACCAUGUCACCUAUAGUAGUUUGAAAGCAUUUUUAGACGUACGCAAUCGAUCGGGCUAGAAAAUUGAACAAAAUCACCACGAUAACGUCCAAAAUUGAACGUGAAAAUGAGAGUAUAGUUACGUUUUAGCGAUCCUUAUCUUAAGUAGCUCAUAGAGGUCAUAUUAAGUUGAUAAUAACACCCAAGACGAUUAAACUGAGCCCUCCUUUUCACUCCUUUUUUAUAGCA